AUUCAUCAGCAAAUGCUUACUAUAUUUCAUUCCUACACUUCGAACGAAAGCAGGGGUCUGGAACGUGUGUUGAUUGUGUCAGAAAUAAGAAAAACUGUAAAUUGUGCGAACCAUCGAAACUACCAAAAGAACAAUGAAAGAUUUUUCCGAAGUGAAAAUACCGGUACCUUGGGGUCAUAUUGCUGGGAAAUGGUGGGGUUCCACAACAGAGCAACCCAUUAUCGCCCUCCACGGCUGGCAGGACAAUUGUGGAUCCUUCGACAAUUUGGCGCCAUUACUGGCCAAAAAUGGUUUAUCCGUGCUGUGCAUCGACCUUCCCGGUCAUGGAUUUUCAUCACACUUUCCGAAAGGACAGAAUUAUUACAUUUUUUGGGACGGUGUCCACCAUUUGAGAAGAAUCGUAAAACAUUUCAAGUGGAGUCAAAUCACUAUAAUUGGACAUUCUUUAGGAGGCUGCAUAGGCUUUCUUUAUUCGGCCACUUUUCAGGAUGACGUGAAGAAGUUCAUUAGCCUUGACGCAGCAGGACCUUGCGGUAGGCUUCCUACAGAACAACUACUUGAUGACUUCGGAACCAGUAUAGACAAAAUUUUGAGCUACGAAAAUACUGUGGAUUUGCCUUGCUACUCUCGUGAGCAGUUACUCGAUAUUGUAGUUGCGACAUAUGAGGGAUCUAUAGACAGAGCAGGUUGUGAAAUACUUUUAAAAAGAGGUAUCAAAAAAGUUCCUCGCAAGGAUGGCUACAUUUUAUCUCGGGAUCUGAAACUGAAGGAUUCUUCACAGGAGUUCAUGGGAAUCAAUCAAGUACUAGACUUCGCUUCGCGAAUCACCUGUGAAGUUAUGAACAUAAAGGCCAACAGAUCUAUGGUUUUGCAUUACACAGAGUAUUAUUCGAUGAUUUUGGACGCAACUGAGAAGAAUGCAAAAAAAUUGGAGCGUCAUAUGAUUCCAGGAACAGGACAUCACUUCCAUUUAAUGGAUGCAGAUAAAGUGGCACCUCUCAUCAUUCAGUUUUUGACUUCCUAAUGAUGUUGAACAAUCACAAAAUUCCCAAGUUUUGACAAUGCUUUUAACGUUUUCUAUGAAAUGGCGGGUAAUAUUUAAUAUGUAUUCUCCUUACAAUAUCGAAAUAGGACUAUUAAAAAUUGGUCAGGGGUAGAAUUUCAGCUGCUUUCCAUUUAGCCAAAUGAUUGUAUGAUAGAUUUUACAAUAUAAACAUGAGGAUUCUGAAAAUGUCA